AUGGGGAGAAUUAAGAAGGUGGCGAGCCAAAAACACGAGGCUACGAUCUCCCCAUAUCUGGCAGAUUUCGUAGCCCGUGCCACCACUGUUCCAGUCCCCGAGCUUCCUUCGCAUCUCAACACCUUCUCUCGCAUAUGGCCCUUCCCCAGAGGCGACCUGUACCAUUGGAUUAACGUGCUUAACCGCUUCGAUGAGAUCUUGGCAUCUGCCAUCGAAAAAUACGCCCUGAACAACGGUCCUCAGACGAAGCCUUUCGGCAAAGACUUUCUGGUGGAGUCUUACGUGCAUGGUGAAAGUGCAGGAAAACCUCAGGAUGUCGAUGCCAAGCUAGCUGAGCUUGGAUAUGGACCGGAAGGAGACAGGGAGCUUUUAGAGGUUAUUCUUGAUUUCUCUAGGUUGCUGCUGGAAAAGUGCGGUAAUCGUAGCUUGUACAGCAGCAGUGAACGCCUGGGCGAACUCUUGAACACCACUUCGCUCUCUCUGCUUCAGUCCACCCUCCGUCUAUCUUUGUGUCUGGCACAGCGGUAUCAUUCACGCCAACGCGGUGGCUCCCACAUCCAGCACAGCUUGCUGGCAGCCCACUACAACAUCGACUUGGAGAAGUUGCAGAAAGUUGCUGCGCCGUUUCCGCGCCCUUCUGUCCCAGGAAGAACGGCUGUGUCCCCGGUAGCUUCGAUCAAGUCCAAGGAAAAGGCAUCUCAGGCCCGCCAUAAUGCCAAUGAUAUGUCUGUCCUUGUACGGGAGAAUGAAAGCUGGGAUGAAUGGGGUAACGUGCGCCUGCUUUAUUAUCCGUCUGGCUCAUCAGAACCGGUCAAGACUGCACCGGAGACCGGCACUGGUGGACCAUCGGUACAGGCCCCUACCACCCCCACUCCUCUACGCAGAAGUCACACCCAUCCUACACCACGUCUGAGCCGUAUGUCCACCGCCGAGGAUUCGCCUGCAUCUGUAACCUCGACGCCGGGAAAGCAGGACGAGACGCUGCGGGGUGGCAAGACACUCGAAUUACCAUAUUCGAAGAUUUCCUCGACAAGCGCCGAAGAGCUUGUUGCCGCGCAUGUAGACGAAGUACCAGAUGAUUCAAAAUACGAACUGCUUCAUAGGAUACGUACAGCCCAGGGAUUGGCAACGUCAGACUCCACGCGGGAGCAAAUUCUGGCGAUCAGAAUCCUCGCCCUUACUAACCUAGCUUACGUUUAUCCCGAGCCGCUGUUCCAGCAGAAAGUCCUUCAGUAUGAUAUGGAGCAGCCAAAACGUCUGCAGCUCGCCUAUCAGCUCGGCGAAUUGGUCCACCUAGGUGCCAGCGGCGACCUCCCAGUCUCCCGGACAUUGCAGACAUUGGCCCUCCAGGCUCUUGAUGCUCUUGCGAAGCACAAGGCACGCGCGAUUGACGUCUGUGGCGCAUUGAGUGUCAAUGUAAAUCAUGGUGUGCUGAUGUUUUUGACUCGCAAAACCGUCAAUGAGCUGGGUUCGGAAGACACUGAUGGUGAAGAUGGUAGCCAGGAUGAGUGGCGGGAUGCGUUGCUCGCUUUGUUACGAACGCUUCCGGGCUCUAGUACCAGGACCCCAGAGACUCUUGUUGCUGCUGGCCUGAUCCCCAUGUUUGUUGAUGUUCUCAACCUCCGGACAGAAAAGGCCCGUCGAGUUUACUCCCGCAUCAUGGAAUUCCUGGACACUUUCGUCCAUGCUGUCCGUGAUGCACUGGGCACCCUCACUAGCGCUAAGGGAUUUGACGCAAUUUCGGACUUGAUCGAUCACGAAACCAAAUCAUCCUUUGAGAACGUAAACAGGGGAGCUGGAAUACCUUCACAGCACAAAACUCCAUCGAUUGACUAUCAAAUUCCUUAUUUCCAACAACAAGCUCUGCGCUGGAUGUUUAGAUUUGUCAACCAUAUCAUGCAGCACAAUGGCGGCGGAUUUGACCGUGUCCUUCGGAAUUUGAUAGAUUCUCCUCAGUUGCUGACUUCCCUACGCCUUGUGUUGGAAAACGCUCGGGUGUUUGGUUCUCACGUCUGGAGCAACGCGGUCAACAUCCUGAGCAGCUUCAUUCACAACGAGCCUACGAGCUACGCAGUGAUUGCCGAAGCUGGGCUAAGCAAGAGCUUCUUGGAGGCCGUUACUUCUUCCGAAUUGAAGGCCCAGGAGAAGAUAGUUGUCGAACCUGAAAGUGCUGAUGUUGAGGGUGAGACCUCGAGGCUUCCUGAGACCAGUGCUACCGAGACAACCGCAGAAGAUGGUCGGGGCCCUCGGGAAUAUACUAUUGUACGGUCGGCAGAGACGCGUUUAGCCCCUGGGAUCAUGCCCGCCGCCGAAGCUCUCUCGUGCAUUCCCUCCGCUUUUGGAGCCAUUUGCUUGAAUUCCUCUGGUCUCGAUCUGUUCAAGUCCUCCGAUGCCCUGGAGAGCUUUUUUGAGAUUUUUGAGAACCCUGAGCAUGUCAGGUGUCUAAAGGACGAUCCCAACCUAGUUCGUUCUUUAGGUACCACUUUUGAUGAGUUGGUGCGGCAUCAUCCGGCUUUGAAGGCUCACAUCAUGACUGCAGUUAUCGUGAUGGUUGCGCGUGUUGGACUCUUGUGCAGAGCGAAGGCCUGGUCAGUCGGAAUGGGUGCGAAGUUGUGGACAGAGAAUCCGGAUGGAAAGCCAAUCAUCUCGGGCUCUACCGCCCACUUGCUGAAGGCGAUCGGGAUCGAUAAUGGCGAUCAGGCCGAGGAUGCCUCCACCUUCGGUGUGCCUCAAUUGACGUCCGAUCAGCUCCCUAACGGCGGAAAGCUACAGCUCGGUGAUCUAAGCCAGAUCCUUCCAUCGUCAAAUGACAACAUUGAGCCGAAGGAAACGGACGCGGCUGGUCUCACUGCCACAGACUAUUUGUACCCUGUCGUCCGAUUCCUGGGUGCAUUCUUCGAGAACCAGCCUAACUGCUCGUAUUUCAUUGAAUCCGGGGGUGUAGAGUUUGUCUUGGAUCUCGCGACUUUGCAAAGCCUCCCAUAUGAUUUCCAUAACACGGAUGCCAACCAGGAACUUGCCGUCCUGGUGCAUAUGCUUGCAGAAACGAAGCCUCACUUGGUUGUGCCAUCCCUCGUCCAGCGAACGGAGCGAGCUGUCGAUAUGCUCUCGAGUUUCUGGCAGGAGCCCAAUCAUUCGGGAUUUUUCACACCGUUGAUCAUGGCGACAUCCAACAGUACAUCCGAAGAAAAGGGCAAGGAAACGCUCAGUAUAUCCAAGGCAAAUGGAACAUUCUUUGCAAAGCAUAUGGGGGCUGCCCUUAUCCUAACCGAUUUCCUCCGUGAGAUCUAUUCGAUGCCUUUGUACCAGACACGUCCGAGCCAGCAAACCUCCGCUUUCGCUCAAGUUAACCUAGUUGACAGAUAUUGCUCCCUUGUGAAGAAGUUGGGAGGUUUGCAUGCAGCGUGCGUCUGGGAGGAGAUACUGCUUGAGAAGAACAUACCCGACACCUGGGAUCAGGCAACCAAAGUGCAACAAACUGGCUCGGCUCCAGAAAGAUCCAACCCUGUCGCGGGACCAUUGAACUCCGAAGGAAACACCAUCGUACCUGGUGCAGAGCCUAGUAGGGCAAGUCCAGCUGCUAGCGAUAGUGCCCAACCUGGAGUUGCCCAAGAGUCCAAAGAGCCUACCACAGCCAAGGUUGCCGAAGACGGUGUAGCGUUCAAGAAUGUUCAGGCCCUCCGGUAUCUCCUCAGCUCGUUGCCUUCUUCAAUCACUGGCUUCUUCCAUAACUUGGGACUUGGUCUGAUUGGAAAAAGGAGGACGGAUCUUUAUCAGAAGCAGAAUGCAACUCUGGUGGCGGAUGCUGUUGCCGGAGCCGUGCUAGAGCAAUUGCAAUUCCAGCCUCCAAACGCUAGUGACAACUCCAAGCUCCGGUUCGCUUACCUGAUUGUUAUACUGUCUUCGUUCUCCCAUCUUCUGUUCGAAGCUACCGCAGACCGUCCUCAUUCACACUACCUUACGCUGGUUUUGUUCUCCUUCAAGAGACACGGAGGCCUGAAAGUAACGAAAGACAUCUGCGACCUCUUUGUACAGGAGGUCAAGGCCCUGACCCCGCCGGAAUCCGUCGCCGAAUCUGAACAAGAUGUCUCAGCACGACUCACCUCCGCUUACGGCGGCAUCAAAAUUAUCCUCAGCUUUUUCUCCGAGCUUGCCUCGGGGAAGAACAUUGUCGAUUCCAGUCAAACACAGGCCAUGACUAGCGACCGUGACCGGGAUCGCCCCGACUACUUUCAACCAGGCCAGUUUUUGGUGGACCUUCGGAUGGAGAUUCUACCGAUGGCUCGGGACAUGUGGAAUUCCGACUUCGCCGCGCAGUCCUCCAGUUCUGUUGUCAAAUGUCUGAUCGACAUUCUGCGUUCGUCACUCGAUGGUGAAUAUGAGACGGGAGCUGCUCGCAGCUCCGAUGUGCCUCCUAUGGUGACAGACGUCGCGAGAAGAAUGUUCGUCGUGAACAAGGACCGCAUGGUGUCUUUACAAGAGAAGGGAUUCGAUGGACAGCUUGCCAAGGAAGCGCUUUAUCGCUGCAACAACGUAUAUGCCGCCGCCGAGGAGUACUGCAGGGCACAAAGUCGGCUGAGAGCCCCUCCAAGGGCGGAGCCAUCCCCUGGUGACAUCGAGUCGAUUCGCUCAACGUCAGGGGCUGAAGGAUCUGACGAGCCUGCAAGCGAUGCCCCGUCGUUUGACAAUGGGUUCCUCGAGCGGUCUGCACUUGCCAUGCUGUUGGCACAAGCUUCAGGCCGACCGGCCGACGAUGCGUCCCGUCAAGACCAAGGCCAGGGCAGAUCUGAAGACAGCGAAGUUAGACAUGGCUCUGAAUUCCUGGCGAGAGCCCUGACCCAUAUCUUGAACGACGACCAUGCCACAGGGAGCGAUGAACAUGAGGAAUCUCCAAUAAUCACGCCCCGUAUCUCUAACGCCCCCGGUGGUAGUUCGUCGGAGUCUUCAACCCUUCCGGCAAAUCAAUCACCAGAACAACGCUCCGAACAGCCUACGAGACGGCGUGAGGUGACUACGAUCGAGGAUUUAGAUAAGGAACGUGAGCAGGUUCGCUCGAAUUUGAUUGAGCGUUGCUUGGACAUCUUGAAUGAGCACCACGACGUCUCUUUCGAGUUGGCGGAUCUGAUUGCCUCCGCAACAAGAAGACACCGCGACGCGGAAAGCUUUAGAAGAGAAGUGGGCGAGAUUCUUGUGCAAUCUUUGGUCUCUUUACAGAUGGAGAAUUUCCAGGCUGCUGGCAAGAAGGUGGCCGCCUAUGCUCACCUUCUCGCUCUAGUCGUCCAGGACCGGGAAAUGUAUACCGCAACCCUUGGUGAGCUCAAAGAAUGCUUCACGACGUUCCUUGGAUUCAUUCAAGUAUUACCCGAAAAGUCGUCCGAUGAAUCGUUUCCUUGGAUCGGCCACGUCCUCCUGGUGCUGGAGAAGUUGCUUUCUGAUGACUGCCAACCACCUCAGAUUCGUUGGAGUAUCCCUGAUCAUGAGAACCCAAGUGCAGACGACGAGCAACCAGCUCACUUGGAGGAGCCUCUUGUAUCACUGGAUCAGAAAAUGCAGCUUUAUGAGGCAUUAGUCGAAAUACUGCCUAGAAUAGGCAAGGAUGAAACAUUGGCCCUUUCGAUCUGUCGAAUUCUUGUCAUUCUCACACGCAGUCGCAGCAUUGCUGUGCGCUUGGGAGAGAAACGAAGCCUGCAACGUCUAUUCGUCAUGGUCAAACAAUUGUCUAGCUCCACAAAUGAGAAGCUGCAGGGAGCUUUCAUGUUGAUCUUAAGACACAUCAUCGAAGAUGAGGACACCAUCCGGCAGAUCAUGAGAAGUGAGAUUGUCGCCAACUUCGAAUCCAAAUCAUCCCGCCAGAUCGAUACAACCGGCUACGUGCGACAAAUGUAUCAUCUUGUCCUCAGAUCCCCUGAAAUUUUUGUUGAAGUGUCAAAUGAAAAGUUGAAGUUGCAGCGUUAUGACAACCGCCAACGACCCCAGAUUCUCACGCUGAAGGCCGACAAAAAGAACAGCUCUUCAGAUCCCACAACGGUCAAAGAAGCACCUGAUAGUCCGGAGAAGAGCGAGGGCCAGACAGGUGGAGCAUCAUCUGAGGAUAAGGACAAGGCUAAAUCUACUGAUCUCAAGCCGCCUGUGGUGGAGAACCCUGAUGGCGUUAUCCACUAUCUACUUUCUGAGCUUCUGUCUUACAAGGAUGUCGAUGAUAAGGAGGCUCCCACCGAGAGCACAGACCCAUCGGCCCCCGAUCAAUCGGAAACUCAAACCGAUGUGGAAAUGUCGAUUGAUGAACCUUCUCCGUCUGUUUCUAGCACCGACGCGCAGGCCACACGCAACUCCAAGAAGUCAGACAAGCCGGCAUUCAAGGCGGACGACCACCCAAUCUACAUUUACCGGUGUUUCCUCUUGCAGUGCUUGACCGAGCUCCUGUCGUCCUAUAAUCGCACAAAGGUUGAGUUCAUCAAUUUCUCUCGCAAGGCAGAUCCUCAUGCGGCUACCCCGUCAAAGCCUCGCUCGGGGAUUUUGAAUUAUCUCCUGAAUGCGUUAGUGCCGGUUGGCACUAUGGAACAUGACGAAUCGGUCUCGUUCAAGAAGCGAAGCAACACUUCUGCUUGGACAAUGCGUGUUCUUGUUGCUCUAUGUACAAAGACGGGCGAAUUCGGCGGGCCUGGAAGGCGACGUAACGAACAGGAACUCAAUGAAGACGACGAGCCCGAGCUUGCCUUUGUGCGGCGAUUUGUCUUGGAACAUGCGCUGAGGUCAUACAAGGAAGCAAAUGCUUCGAACGAACCCCUUGACGCCAAGUAUUCUCGGUUGAUGUCACUUGCCGAUCUUUUCGAUAAAAUGCUCAGUGGAUAUGCCUUCGUUUCUGGAGAGACAGCUUUCGCGUCUUCGACCAGGCAAUUGGCGAAGACUAUGUUUGAAAAACACUUCAUCUCUGCGCUGACAGCUUCAGUCGCUGAAAUUGACCUCAACUUCCCAGCGUCCAAACGGGUCAUCAAGUACAUUUUGCGUCCUCUUAACAAGCUCACCCAAACCGCGGUGGUGUUGAGUGAGUCAUCGGAUAUCUCCACUCUCGCUGAAACUGAAGAUGAUGAGAUCUCCUCAGCUACGUCAGUUUCGGAUAUGGAAGAUGACCGGGAGGAGACCCCCGAUCUCUUCCGCCACUCCACGCUGGGCAUGCUCGAGCCUCGGCACGAGGAGGAGACCAGCUCCGAAGAAUCGGAAGAGGAGGAUGACGAAAUGUACGACGAUGAGUAUGGUGAGGAGAUGGAUUAUGAUGAAGACUUGCCAGAAGACGAUGGCGAGGUAGUCAGUGAUGAAGAAGAUGAAAUCGAAGGCGUUGGGCCGAUUGAGGGACUUCCUGGCGACAACGGCAUGGACAUCGAAGUGGUCAUCGAUGACGAUGAAGAUGAUGAAGACGACGAAGAUGACGAGGAUGACGAGGACGAUUCCGACAUGGACGACGACGAAAUCCUUGCCGGCGAAAUCACAGGAGAUCAUGAUAACGAAAGUCUGGAGGAAGGUGAUGAUGACGAAUGGGAAAGUGAAGAGAUGUCUGAAGACGACGAAGAAGCUGAGAUCAUGAAUCAAUUCGAGGAUGAGUUGGCCGAUAGUCUUCGACAGGCAGAGCAGCGCGACGAUGGGCAGCGGUUUGAUGAUUUGUUCCGCGUCCUCAAUGAGGCUGCCGGCGGCGUUGAAGAUCUUCAGGCUGACAGUCUCGGGGAUAUGCAUGAAGACAUCGUCGAUGAUGACCUGGCUGAUGAAGAGGGUAAGUGCUCCUUAUUAACACCCGUGUACCAGAUACUAACAAUGCUCCCAGAAGACGAGGAACUCGAGGAACUCGAGGAAGAACUCGAGGAUGCCGACGACGACCAAGGGUCCUACCAAGGUUUCGAUGAUGAGGAAGAUCUUAUGGAUCCUUGGGGAUGGGAAGGCGAUGAGCAACCGCCACGAGGCCAUCAUCACUCCCGAUUCCAUGGUCCUCGGCCGGCGUGGGCUGCGGUUAGUGGGAUCAUGCCCAGUCGGCACGGUAUCGUUCCCAUUCAGCCUUAUCGACUCCAUAGAACUCAAAUUCCGGCCCGUGGAAACGAUGACGGGACCAACCCACUUCUUGUUCGGACAGACCGUGGCUCCGAGACAGGUGGUCAGCCCCGCGUACCUGGCAAUGAAGCUUUCACCGACUGGGUUCAUGGCAUGGAACCCGUAUCGACGGGACGUCUGCUUCCUAUGGAUAGUCCUGUUAGCUUCAUGAACGCAGUUUUGCAGGCUAUUGGCGGACAAGGGGGCCCAGGAUUUGGGGUCAUCACCCGUCCCGAUGGUAUCCACGUCCAUGUUGAUAGACGUGCAAUGCCUAACCGGAUACAAGACAUAUUCGGCCUUGGCAGACCCCAAGCUCCUCCUUCCCGUACUCGCGAUGAUCCUUCCCAAGCCGUGAGCUUCGCCUUAGCUACAACCAGAAGCCGUUGGCAAGAGGAGGCCCGCAUUCUGUUCAGCAGCGCAUACGUUGAGAAGACCCAGCGUGUGGUCAACUCCCUGUUGAAGAUCUUGGUGCCCCCUGCAAUUGAGGAAGAAAAGAGACGGGAGAAGCAGAUGGAGGAAGAGCGAAAGCGGCGUGAAGAAGAACGCGCAGAACGUGAACGUCAGGAGCGCAUCGCCAGGGAAGAGGAGGAGAAAGAGAGAAAGCGCAAGGAAGAGGAGGAGAAUGCCAGACGGCAGCAAGAACUGGAACGUCAGGAAGCAGAGCGACAAGCGUCCGGUAUUGAGACGGAGCCCAUGGACGAUGUACAACGGACAGACACCGGCAACGAGGCUGCAGCACCGGCAGCCGAGACUGAUGCAGGCCCGUCAGAACCUGCUCCCCGCGUGCACACAACUAUCAGAGGCCGUCAGCUUGACAUCACUGGCAUGGAAAUCGAUCCGGAGUACCUGGAAGCCUUGCCUGAAGAAUUGAGAGAGGAAGUCAUCAUGCAGCAGCUCGCAGAACAACGUUCUCAGGCUGCUGCUGCUGGCGAAGAGCCCAGUGAAAUCAAUCCAGAGUUCUUGGAAGCCUUGCCUCCAGAGAUCCGGGAGGAGUUGCUGCAGCAAGAAGCGGCCGAUCGUCGUCGCCGGGAGCGUGACAGUGCUCGCCGACAAGCUGCUGCUGCUGGAGGUGCAGCAGCUCCGGCUCCGGCUCCUGUUCAUGCAGAAGAGAUGGACCCUGCUAGUUUUCUGGCUACGCUAGACCCAUCCUUACGUCAAGCUGUUCUGGCUGAUCAGCCCGAAGAAAUCCUGGCAACAUUGGGUCCAGAAUUCCUUUCCGAAGCUCGUGCGUUGCCAGGCAGACGAUUGGCACAAUUCGGCGAUAUCACUCGGGUCGACCACCGUCACCGACGUGAGCCAGCCGACGAUCAAGAGCCUAAAAAGCAACAACGACGUCAGAUUGUCCAGAUGCUGGACAAGGCCGGCGUCGCUACGCUACUGCGUCUGAUGUUCAUGCCUCUCCAAGGCAACGCGCGCCACCAGUUGAACGACAUUCUCCAUAACGUGUGCGAGAACCGCCAGAACAGGAUGGAGGUCAUUAGCCUUCUCUUAUCUGUCCUUCAGGACGGUAGUGCGGAUGUCUCGGCGAUCGAACGCAGUUUUGCUCAGCUCUCACUCCGUGCUAAGCCCUCCUCGGUUCAGAAAACCCCUCAAUCCGUCAAACGGAACUUGUCAUUCCAGGGGUCUUCGAAUGUGAGCAAUGAAGUGACUCCGAUUAUGGUUGUACAGCAGUGCCUGGGAACUCUUUCUUUCCUAUCGCAGUACAACCCUCACAUUGCUUGGUUCUUCUUGACCGAACAUGACUCUUCCCCGGCCCUGAAGCUGAAGGCUCUCCGCAAGGGCAAGGGUAAGGAGAAUAGGGCUAACAAAUUCGCUCUCAAUGCAUUGUUAACCUUACUGGACCGGAAGUUGAUCAUGGAGAACCCUAAUUGUAUGGAGCAGUUAUCAAGUCUUCUAAGCAGUAUCACACAGCCUCUUACACUUUUGCUCCGUCGGGAGAAGGAAAAGCAGGAGGAAGAGGAGAAGGCUAAGGGCAAGCAGCCCGAGCAGGCGCGGGAAGAGAGACCGACUGAAGAACAGGAACAGCAGCAACCUGUUCCGGCAGAUCAGACGGAAUCUGCCACGGACACGACAAUGACAGAUGCACCGCUUCCCACCGUCGAGACCACGCUACCGCAAACUGAAACUGCUCAGCCAGGGCAGACGGAACCAUCGGAAGCCGCCAAGGAAGAGAAAGCAAAGACCACAGCUGAAGAAGAGAAGCACAAGAGAAGAACUAUCGAACCACCAGUUGUCCCUGAUCACAACUUGCAGCUGGUCGUCCAUAUUCUCGCCGCUCGUGAAUGCAACGGAAAGACUUUCCGGGACACACUUUCCACCAUCAACAACCUUUCCGCUGUGCCCGGGGCUAGGGACGUGAUCGGUAACGAGCUGGUCAGCCAGGCUCAAACUCUGAGCACUGUUAUUCUCACUGAUCUUGAUGAAUUGCUGUCGCACAUUCACCAGGCUCGUACCGGUACCGAUAUGCAGGGUCUAGCUUUGGCUAAGUUCUCGCCAGCCAGUUCUGAUCAGGCUAAAUUAUUGCGCGUUCUCACGGCUCUCGAUUACCUGUUUGAUCCUUCUCGGAUGGACAAGGUGAAGGGAGCCGAGCCUGACAAUGCCGCUAAGGAAGAUGUCCUACAAACGUUGUACGAAUGCUCUACUUUCGGGCCUCUGUGGACCAGACUUAGCGAAUGCUUGACCGUUAUUCGACAGAAGGAGAACAUGCUCAACGUCGCAACUAUUCUCCUGCCUUUGAUCGAAGCAUUAAUGGUGGUUUGCAAGAAUACCACGCUUAAGGAUACCUCUCUUGCCCGGAACAGUAGGGAGUUGUCUGUGUCGACCACUUCCGUUGACGCUGGUCUCAGCAUGGAAAGCCUCUUCUUCAAGUUCACAGAGGAACAUCGCAAGAUUCUUAAUGAGCUUGUGCGACAAAACCCCCGGUUGAUGAGUGGCACUUUCUCGCUGCUGGUCAAGAACCCCAAGGUUCUAGAGUUUGACAACAAGCGCAACUACUUCACUCGUCGCAUUCAUUCCCGUGGCGCUGAGCCUCGUCACCCCCAUCCCCCUCUUCAGCUGUCUGUUAGACGUGACCAAGUCUUCUUGGAUUCCUUUAAGUCCUUGUACUUCAAGACAGCGGACGAACUGAAAUAUGGCAAGCUGAACGUACGCUUCCAUGGCGAAGAGGGUGUCGAUGCCGGUGGUGUGACUAGAGAAUGGUUCCAAGUUCUCGCGCGUGGCAUGUUCAACCCCAACUACGCUCUGUUCAUCCCGGUUGCUUCGGACAGGACUACAUUCCACCCGAACCGUCUGAGUGGUGUCAACUCCGAACAUCUGAUGUUCUUCAAGUUCAUUGGACGUAUCAUCGGCAAGGCCCUGUACGAGGGACGCGUCCUUGACUGCCAUUUCAGCCGUGCGGUCUACAAGUGCAUCCUCGGUCGGUCAGUAUCCAUCAAGGAUAUGGAGACGCUUGACCUUGACUACUACAAGUCCCUUCUCUGGAUGCUCGAAAACGACAUUACUGACAUUAUUACUGAGACCUUCGCUGUCGAGACGGAUGACUUUGGAGAGAAACAAGUGAUCGAUCUGAUUGAGAACGGACGUAAUAUUCCUGUCACUGAAGAAAAUAAGGAGGAAUACAUCCAACGGGUCGUCGAUUACCGUUUGGUCGGCUCCGUCAAGGAACAGCUGGACAAUUUCCUGAAGGGAUUCCAUGAGAUCAUCCCCUCCGAUCUGAUCUCCAUCUUCAACGAGCAGGAGCUCGAGUUGCUGAUCUCCGGUCUCCCCGAAAUCGAAGUGGAUGAUUGGAAGGUCAAUACCGAGUAUCAUAACUACUCGGCCUCCUCGCCCCAGAUUCAGUGGUUCUGGCGCGCGGUCCGCUCUUUCGAUAAGGAAGAACGCGCCAAGCUUCUGCAGUUCGUUACGGGUACUAGCAAGGUGCCUCUGAAUGGAUUCAAGGAACUUGAGGGCAUGAACGGAGUCAGCCGUUUCAACAUCCACCGUGAUUACGGCAACAAGGAUCGUCUCCCAAGCUCUCAUACUUGUUUCAACCAGCUGGAUCUUCCAGAAUAUGAGAGCUACGAAACAUUACGGCAACGUCUUUACACCGCGAUGACGGCUGGCAGUGAAUAUUUCGGGUUUGCAUAA